AUGAUACAAAGUAAUCGUUAGUGAGUAAUCACUGAGGAAUGCACUCUGUUAUUUAGGAUGCAACGCCUUGAGUGUGAGACAGAAACUGCUAACGCAUGUCCUUCAUCUUUACAGCCCAUCAUUCCCCCUUUUCACACAAAAUGUUCGGGAAAGCGUUCGAACAUUUGGUGGAAUAAGUAAGCAACUUCAGUUUCUUGGGUUUUUAUAUUAUGCUUUCAGUUGUUACAUUUAUUGCUUUCCUGGUUGAACCUUUGGCUUGCUAUCUUUGGUGCAUAUAGGGGUAAGAUUUUCUUUCUUGAACGAUGUGGUUGACAUUUUAAUCAUUAAGUGCUGUGAAGUGAAUAUGUAUUUGUAAUCCAAAACAUCUGGAGGGAUGAGGUUGCUUUAUGCUAACUCAAGCUCUACAAAUCCACAAGUGUCAGUUGUCCUUUUGGAAUUAUUAGCAAAGCCUUAAUACCUAGAUAUAUACUGUUCUGUGUAGCAAGGUGUUCCAGACUGGUUCCAUUUUUUCUUAAAUCUCCUAUUACAUCCCCCCCACCCAUGCCUUUGACAUUCAAUUUUGUAAAAAAGAGAGACAGAGAAAAAGUAUAAUUCACAACCAUUAUAACAGAAGGCUUUGUUGCCUUUCUAUCCCCUGAUCCUUUUUGUUGCUUUCCUUUCUAUUGUUCUCUGCCUCCACCCUAUUCAUGCUCAGUCCUCUCAUAUGUCUGCUUCUCAGCCUAGCCUUCAACCAUCCUUUAGGCAGCCACCCUGCAUCUGUUUAUCCCAUACUUUAGUUUCCAUACUUCAUAAGUCAUCUUUCUGCUCUGCUUUCCCUGUGCCUGCUUCCUCCCUUCUCUUUUUCCUAGGCACUAUACAAGAGGUUUUCCCCACCCCACCCCCCAAACCAGGCUCUUUAAAAAAAUAAAUGGAGGGUCACUAUUGUAGUUGUUAAGUAAAUCUUAAAAUAUUAGCUAAUUGCAUGUAUAAUCAAAGAUAAAGAAGGCAGACAAAAUUUCAUUUAAGGGUCUUCCUAAAAGGGGUGGGGAAUUUGCUGCAGUUCUCACACUGGUUUAGAUAUAAGUUCUGUCCCUCUUAUGACAAUAGCACAUUGAUUGACUAUGGUCCUAUGAAGACCUAAAGAAAGGCUAAGCAGAGAAUCUACUGGUAUUUAUCACAGGACAUGCUCCCUGUCUUAUAACACAGGUAUUUAAGAAAGCAGCAAUAUGUUUCUAGAACAAUGACUCUUUCCUCCAAAGCAACUUUUGGAAUCUCUUUCUUUUACUAUUCUACACUAGGGAAGAGAGGUUAUGUAGGACCUAAGGCUUCAUUCAUACAUUAUACUAAGCUAUAGUCUUGGAUUCCUGCACUUCUCUUUUUCUUCUCACAGUCAUGCAGAAGAGGAGAUCAUAAGUUUUUGCUUCUGUUUUCAAGUAACUGUAGUUAUUCAGUAUGUUGAACCAAGAACUGUGGUUAGUGUUAACUAUAGUUAAGGAAAUGCAGUAGGAUUCCCUAAACCAGAAUUAAUAUCAACAGUUUGUCCAGAUUCAGAUAUUACUGGUUGGUGGGAAAUGGAAGCAAAAGCUUGUGAUUGGUGGUGGGGGUAACAUUACAUGCAAACACAACCUACAUCUUGGAGAUAUUCCAGCAAUUACUUCUUCUCUCUCAUGACUUCUGGCUUAGAAUGCAUAAUCUGUGCAACUAGCUCAGGAUUGGAUAUACCUGUACAUAUUCCAGAACUGUGUAGCUUUUAGCUUGCAUCAGUAAUUUGUGAGGCAUUACUGUAUAAACAUGACUUGAAAGCCAUUGCCUCCAAGAUACCUUUAAAGAGUUGCAUGAUUUGGGCAACAGAACUUUAUUUUACCUUCUAUUCUCUUAAAUAUGUCUCCCCCCGCCUUCUUUUUAAUGAACCAGAAUUUCUUAGAUGGGUGUAUGAGAAGACUCGUUGGCCACUAGUCCCAUUGUAUGGAAACUUCCCUGUCAAACUACGCACAUAUAUUGGAGAUCCUAUUCCAUAUGACCCAAAUGUCACUGCUGCAGAACUGGCAGAAAAAGUAAGUUUUUGUUUUCAUAAUGCUGAAGUAGCAAAGUUACUAUCCUAAUCCUAAAUAAUUGUAGUGUAAUAUUCCUAUGUUCUGAAUACAGUUAUGGAAACAUCCCAAAGAGCCAUGGGAUGAACUGAUUAAUUUCAUUGAUUUUGGGGUGAACUGCCAAGAUUGCCCAGCAGUAUGCUAAAUCAGUGGAGAACAUUUUGGGAGGUUGUGAUUUGAGAAUGGGAAUGGGAAAAGGUGAAUUUGACCUGGCUGAGAUAAAGAUGCAAAGAACUAAAGAAACAAGAGAGUGCAAGGACAGUAGAAUAAGGAAUAAUGAGAGAUGGGAGAAGAGUGGCACAUAUCUCCUUUUGAAGAUAGACCUUAAAGGUAAAGGUAAAGGUAAAGGUACCCCUGCCCAUCAGGGCCAGUCGUGACCGACUCUAGGGUUGCGCGCUCAUCUCGCUCAAGAGGCCGGGAGCCAGCGCUGUCCGAAGACACUUCCGGGUCACGUGGCCAGCAUGACUAAGCUGCAUCUGGCGAGCCAGCACCAGCGCCGCACAUGGAAACGCCGUUUACCUUCCCGCUAGAAAGCGGUCCCUAUUUAUCUACUUGCACUUAGGGGUGCUUUUGAACUGCUAGGUAGGCAGGAGCUGGGACCGAACGACGGGAGCUCACCCCGCCGCGGGGAUUUGAACCGCCAACCUUUCGAUCGGCAGGUCCUAGGCUCUGUGGUUUAACCCACAACGCCACAAUGGGAAAAGGUGAAUUUGACCUGGCUGAGAUAAAGAUGCAAAGAACUAAAGAAACAAGAGAGUGCAAGGACAGUAGAAUAAGGAAUAAUGAGAGAUGGGAGAAGAGUGGCACAUAUCUCCUUUUGAAGAUAGACCUUACAAGCUUUAAAAUACAUUUGUUGAAACAUAUCCAACUUGAAUCUUGCUGUUCUGGACUCACAGCCAGAAAUUUCUCUUAUUCCAUUCUUGGUUAUGAUGCUAGAGUGUAUUGUGACUUCUCAGCUUCAGGUUUUUCUGGAUGAUUCAGCCUGUCAUUAGGCUGGGUUAAGGAAGAGGACCAAGUUUACCUUGCUACACAUAUGGGAUAUUAUUAGAGAACAAACAUUAGACUUCUUGUGGAUUUCGUUGCAUAUUUUGGGUCUGGACCCCAUGUUAACUAUUUAGCUUUGCUAACUAUAUGCUAUAAAUCAUUGGAUAGAAAGCAUCAGAAUUCUAACUUCAACCCACCUGACAAAUGCCAUUUUGUGCAUUUGCAUCUCACAGUUGUUUUGUAAUUUUGAAAUUAAACUGCUGGUAUCUUGGGUUUUUAUUGCUACUAAAAGGGCUAAAUGCUGGUUUUAAUUUUAAUCUGUGACUGACUGAAAGCUGUUACAAUAAUGAGCUAUUUUCUUUUUGACCUUAUAGGCAAAAAAUGCAAUACAAUGUUUAAUAGACAAACAUCAGAAAAUACCAGGAAAUGUAUUUAGAGCAUUGAUGGAACGAUUUGAAACACAGAAAAAAGAAGACUAG